CGAUGAGAGAGCUUGUGAUCCUAGGCUCCUCCUCCAUAGUCACUCCUCCUAAUCCAUCUUCCUCCUCUACUCCUCACCACCAUUCCUCCAAAUCCAAAACCAAACCCUCAUUCCGGAGUAAUCUUCUUCCUUCUUCAUCCAAGCCAAUCCCCACACUACAUUCCCGCUCUCCGCUCCUCUCCACCACCCGAUUGGACCUUGCACGUCGUAAGUCCCUCCUCAACUACUACCUCGACCUUGCUUCCAAGCUUGUUGAGGACGGCCGCCUCAAUGACUUCGCUAUAAUUGCUGAGUCAGUGAUUGCUUCAGGUGUUGAGGUUUCGCAUUUCGUUGAUGGACUCAAUGUGAUGGCUUUGGCUAAGGGGAUUUCCAAGAAUCUUAGCGAGGGAAAUGUAGAAAGUGUUGUUGAGGUUUUGAGGAGAGUUGAGAAGCUGGGAAUUCCCCCGUUGAAGCUGUUUGAUGGGGUAGCUAUGGAAUUGCUUAGAGCAGAGUUUGUGCGGAUUGUGAAUUGUCUUGACCUGGAGCAAUUUGUUGUUUUAAUGGAGGCUCUUGCAGGCUUUUCCUUCUGCAUCAAAGAACUAAUGGAGCCACCUCAAUUUAUUGAAAUCUGUAUUCAUAAACGUAACCCAGAGAUGGCGGUUAGGUAUGCAUGUCUAUUUCCACAUGAAGGUAUAUUAUUCUGUAGCAUUAUAAAAAAAUUUGGAAAAAAGGGGGACUUGGAAGCUGCUUUGGCUGCAUAUGAAGCAUCGAAGCAGCACUCAGAUGUUCCCAAUAUGUAUGUAUAUCGUGCUGUAAUUGAUGUUUGUGGUCUUUGUGGUGACUACAUGAAAUCCAGGUAUAUUUAUGAGGACAUACUCAAUCAGAAGGUCAUCCCAAAUACUUAUGUUUUUAACAGUCUCAUGAAUGUGAAUGCCCAUGAUUUGGGUUACACAUUGCAUGUGUACAAGAACAUGCAAAAUCUUGGUGUAACAGCAGAUAUAGCAUCUUAUAAUAUCCUUUUGAAGGCAUGCUCAUUCGCUGGAAGAGUGGACUUGGCCCAAGACGUUUAUAAAGAAGUAAAGCAGUUGGAAUCAGCAGGACAGUUGAAGUUGGAUGACUUCACAUACUGCACAAUCAUAAAGAUCUUUGCAGAUGCAAAAUUGUGGCAAAUGGCACUAAAAAUUAAAGAAGAUAUGCUAUCAUCUGGUGUUAAUCCUAACAAGUUUACAUGGUCAUCAUUGAUCAGUGCCUGUGCCAAUGUGGGUCUCGUAGAGCAGGCAAUUAAAUUAUUUGAAGAGAUGCAUUUAGCUGGGUGUGAACCAAAUUCACAGUGUUGCAACAUCCUUUUACAUGCUUGUGUAGAGGCUUUCCAGUAUGAUAGAGCUUUUCGGCUUUUCCAGACUUGGAAGGGAAGUGAAGUCCAGGAUAUUUUCAAUGCAGAUAACAAUGCGAGUGCAAUUACUAUUUCAAGUGUAGAGCACGCUCAGUCACAUGAUAUUAUUACUGUGCCAAAUAUAGCAUCUAAUUCACAUCAUUUAGGCUUUAUUAAGAACUUUCCCUUUAUGCCAUCAUCUACAACAUAUAAUAUAUUAAUGAAAGCAUGUGGUAGUGAUUACCAUCGUGCAAAGGCCUUAAUGGAUGAGAUGAAGACUGUAGGCCUUUCCCCCAAUCAUAUAAGCUGGUCAAUCUUGAUUGAUAUAUGUGGAAGUUCCGGCAACGUGGAGGGUGCCUUAAAGAUUUUGAAGAACAUGCGUGGGGUUGCAGUUGAACCUGAUGUUGUUGCAUAUACAACAGCUAUCAAGGUCUGUGUGGAAAAUAAAAAUUUGAAGCUGGCAUUUUCAUUAUUUGCAGAAAUGAAAAGAUACCAAAUAAAACCAAAUUUAGUGACAUAUGAUACAUUGCUAAAAGCUCGUACCAGAUGUGGUUCUUUGAAAGAAGUGCAACAAUGCCUGGCUAUAUAUCAGGAUAUGAGGAAAGCAGGGUAUAAAUCCAAUGAUUACUAUCUUAAGCAACUAAUUGAAGAGUGGUGUGAAGGAGUAAUGCAAGAUAAUGAUCAGAGCCAAGAUGAGUUUGAAGCGUACAAAAAAUCUGACUUUGGAGGACCCCACAGCCUGCUUCUAGAGAGAGUUGCAGCACACUUGCAGAACGGUAUUGCUGAAAAUCUAUCUGUUGACCUGCAGGGCCUGACAAAGGUUGAAGCUCGGAUUGUGGUUCUUGCAGUUCUCCGGAUGAUCAAAGAGAAUUAUUCUUUAGGACGUCCAGUGAAAGAUGACAUGUGGAUAACCUUAGGAGUUGAUAAAGUAGAUAUGCUUCCUGCCACACAGAAGUCAGAGGUGAAACGUACAAUAUUUGAACUUCUGCAGAAUGAAUUAGGGCUAGAGGUUCUUAUUGCAGACCCUAGAUUUAGGGCUGACCCAGAGACAGAUUUUGAAAGCCUUCUUGAUUCAGAUCCUAAGUGGCCAAAAAGUUGUGGAACAGAUAGGAAGAUGGUAUCUCUCUCUCGACGUCCUAUUGUUCUACGGAGGUUAAAGGUCACAAAGAAUUCAUUGCAUUGUUGGCUGCAAAGACGAACAUGUUCUACUGGAAGGUGAUUAUUAUUUAUGUACAAAUGCCAAAUUUUUUGUAAAUGAUUGUAUAUGCGUUCUUCUUCCUUUUUUUUUUUCCUCUUGGUAUACUUCAGAGCAGCACAAAACAGUGCUAUGAUAGAAGAUCAAAUGUACUCAACCAAAAAAGACCACUUUCUCAUAUGUGAUGUGUUUCAUUUGUUCAUUAGUUGCCACCAUAUCAUUAUGAUU